UUUGUUCUCUGAAUAUAUGAUUGUUGUAGAGAACCGUAGGUAAAGUUUUCUUACCACGUCAGCAAUUUGAAGUUUUUAUCUUGUCUAAUGUGGGCAGGAGAUUAGAUCUGCGAUUCUGUCAUAGUAAUAUGCAAUUUGGUGCUCUGGUUUUCAGUGACAUGAUAGCAACUCUGCACAAGAAUUAUCUCAUUUAUCUAAAAGUCAGAGGAAUUAAGCCAGACAUAAUCUAUUUCGUCCACGAGUUGAAGGUUGAGAUGAAAAAUUCAAACGGAGCUUCACUGGACAAUCUCAACGGCUCCCCCGAAGGGUUAGAAGCUCUAAAAAGCUCUACCGAUUAUUUCUGUCAUCUCUACAUGAUUACUCCAGCAGGCGGCACCUUGAUAUACAUAUACCAGUCUAUAGGUUCAAUUCUGAGGAUGAGCAGUCGAAGAUGCCUGAGACGAUGAAAUAUUUUUUGAGCCGGAAUGACAAAAACGAAACAAUUCACGUCGAAAUUCUUAA